GGCUGCGCGCACUUUGUGCUUCAUCUGUCCGUCAUUCGCGUCGUGCGCUCUCGUCCGCCGUUUGUCCACGCAGUGUUCGCCACUUGUCUCCUCUCUCUCUAUCUGUCUAUCUCUCUAUCUACUUAUCUCUCUCUUUCCCUCUCCGCUCGUGAAAAAUCUCGCAGCCUUCGUCGGAGAUCGGACGAAAUCCUCGUGUGCGAUAAACCUGUUUCGUUCGAUCGUGUUCAACCCCGCAACGCUCAGCCAGUUCAGCUCAACUCGACCAGAUCGACGAGAUGCCACUGUCGGAGUUCCGUAAAAAGAAGUUACUCUACGUUUUCAACACCUUCUUCGAUUUCAAUCAGAGUGGCGCGAUUGACAGAAAGGAUCUUGACCUUGCUAUACAACGAAUCAAUGAGAACAGAGGUUGGUCUGCUGACAAUCCCAAGGCUCAGAGUAUAAGGGAUACUUUGCUUAAAAUGUGGGAUAAUCUGAGGCAAGGGGCUGAUACGGAUCAAGAUGGCCAGGUGAGCCGGGAGGAAUGGUUCCAACUGUGGGAAGAAUAUGCGAAAAAUCCGUCGAACCCAUCCGAAUGGCAAGAAGCAUACAUGUCUGUGACGUUCCAGUUGUUCGACGCAUCCGGUGACAAAUCGAUCGACGAGAACGAAUUUUGUAACGUGUGCAGAUACCACGGAAUCGCGGAGGCCGAGGCCAGGGAGGCCUUCAAAAAAUUAGGAGUCGGCCAGGAGAUUACCUGGGAUAAAUUCACCAACCUCUGGAAGCAAUAUUUCUCCUCGGACGAGCCGACCGCAGCCGGAAACUUUAUUUUCGGAAAGACUUCCUUCUAACUCGCUUUAAACCCGCGGAAAAGUCAACCUACGUGCAUAAUAUAUGAUAUAUUAUAUUACACUUCCUUGAGUCGCGUUAUAUACCUUCGUUCAUUCUCUUGAUUUCUCAAUUGAUCAAUUUUGGAUCUUUGGCCAACCUGUUUUCUGUUCGACAACGAAUGAUAAACAAACCAUGGAUAUAUAUUUUUAUUUCAUAGAAAAUUAUAUAUUUCCUUUUUCUUUUUUUUUUCUUUUUCUUUUUCAUUCAGAGAAUUUAUCUUCCUUUCCUUUCUUCGAGGAUUGAAUAAAUAGAUAAUAAGAGCAACAAUUCGCCGUCGUCAAAUCGAAGAGAUGCGUACGUUUGACGUAUGUUUAGCGACGCAACAGCGAAGAAAACUCCUUCCGCCGCCGGUAAUAAAUUAUAACCUCACUGUAUGUAUUUGUAUAUGUAGCGUUAUUUAAAUGUAAGAGAGACGAAAAAAAGGAGAAGAAAAAAAGAAAAAAAAAAAAAAAAAAAAAAAGAAGAAAAGAAAAAAGAAAAAAAAAAAAUGAUCGUGACUCGCGAUGACAAGCCUCCUUCACGUCCAGUGGCCGGGAGAUCGUUUCGAGAAGUGGGCGGUAAUCGAACGAUCUCGAUUUUCGUUCGUCCACGGAAACGACAAAAUAUCUCACUCCAUUCGUACGUACAGGAAAUAAUUUUCAGAGCUUGAACUUGUUCCGAGUAAAGCAUAGCCGCGUAUAUAUUAAUGGCUUCAGAGUUUUUCGUGUAACGUUGGGAAGAAAGAGGGAAAAGAUGUAUGGCGUGAUGUUGAAACGAAUGGAAAAAAAAAAAAGGAAGAAGAAAAAGAGGAGAAAUAAAGAACGAAACAAAGCAAAAAAAAAAAAAAAAAAAAAAUGAAUAUGUCUUCGUUCGUAAUUAUUGGCAGAAAUAAAUUAGAGAUGGAUUAAAAAGUGAGAGAGAA